AGCUUUCUAUGACGACUGAACGCCACUUCACGAUAAAACAAAAGCUCACAAGAUCUCACAGCUUGAAUCGAGAAACACGUUUAGAAAUUCGUCUCAGCAGUCUGUCUCGACUCGUCGAAUAGCGAGAAGACUCAUAUAUUUUUGAUCAUUUUUAAUCAACUUGUUGAAAACGGUUUUUACUUUUGUGGGUUUUUAACCUCUUCUACUUUAAUUAAUCGAGUCGGCUUAUGGAGUUCUUUUGAAACCGGCAUACACUGCCGGGAUAUACGAACAGAGUUGAAACUAUACGCUGAGAAAAUUAACUGGAAGGCGGCAAGUUAUGGAAUUUGUGUGCCAGUAUGAUGUCAGGGAAAUUUUGGGCCAAGGUUCCUUCUGCGAAGUCAAGAGAUGCAUCGAUAAACGGACGAGGCAAGCGUUCGCAGUGAAGGAAAUGAUUUAUGGCACAGACGAACAGAGAGAAAGAAUUGAGCAAGAAAUCGAGAUUCUACAGGAAAUGAAUCAUCACAACAUUCUGAAGCUUCAUCAUUCUUAUCCCGCUUUUAAUAAAUAUUACCUCGUUAUGGAACUGGCGUGCGGCGGAGAACUCUUUGAGGAUCUGGUAUCCAGAAAUGCCUUCUCCGAGAGCACAGCUCGCGAGGUGAUGUUACAGUUGUUUAGCGCUGUGCAGUAUAUACACGGGCUCAGGAUUGUGCACAGAAAUAUCAGACCCGAAAAACUCAUUCUUGCCUGGAAGUCAGCGGAGAACAAUGUCCACUUUCCUCCACUGAAACUCAGUGGAUUUAGUUUGGCCAAGAAACUACCAGAACAUUCAGACAUCAUGUCCUGUCCAAUUGAGGGUUCUCCUCUCUACCUUGCUCCAGAAACUAUUACAAAACAACCUAUUGGCAGAGAAGUGGAUAUUUGGGCAUGCGCUGUGAUAUUCUACACAAUGUUGGCCGGUUAUCCUCCUUUCUGGAGCACAAAUAGAGAAGAGCUUUACAGUCUCAUCGCACGUGGAAAGUACAGUUUCCCAGAUCAAGAAUGGAAAUCUAUCUCCGAAGGAGCUAAACGGCUGAUAAAAAGCAUGUUCAUGGUCGACAGAAAUGAACGAGCAACAGCGGUGGAAGUUGUUAAAGAUCCGUGGACCCAGAACAGAAAAUUAUCGACCGCCCAUCGGAAGGGAACUUUGGAUAAUCUGAAUGCUUUUAACGCCAAAAGAAAACUCAGAGGAGCUGUGUACACGAUUUUUGCUAUGAAACGAAUGAUGGAAAACCCAGAACCUCUGGCUUUGAUGAACGGUGUAAAAUCGUAAAACAAAUACUGAAAACUAUAAAACCCAACAUUUUCCAUACAGUCACUAUUAAAUCAUAAAUUUCUUCUUCUGUGUCCUAGCGAGACUUGCAUAGCAUUUUGGUUUUAUUUAUCAGUAUUAUUGUAAUGAUACAUUUUUUACGCGAAAGACAUCACCAUUGCUCAGUUACUGACCGUGGUUUCCUAGCGAAAUAGCUUUCGUGACGACGGUGAAAGAUUUCUGACCGGACCCAAAUUUUUCUUGUCCAUAUAUCUUAUCCUAACUACACUGAAAUACCUUGUUUGUGCAUCAGUGACACCCAGUUAACUUGGAAUCAUAUACCUUUUCAUGAAUUUGUUCUAGGUAUGCCUUCUAGGUAUUUUUUUUAAGAAAUGUAAUAAAUGAUACAUGGACUACGCUUUCGCAAGAGCUCAGGCAAAACGGACGAAGUUAAAAGAACAGCCGAUUCAGAUACAGACGUCGCUGAUUUCGUCAUCUUAUUCUACGCUGGCGAUGAGUAUUUUCAGCCGUAGGUGUUUGCUCCUUAUUUGAGCAUUAGAAAAGGAGGAGUGACUUUCGGACUCGAGGAAAAGAAUCGCGCAACAACGAAACAAA